AUGGAAGUACUCAAAGGCGCUCUCAUCAAGCGCAUGCGCGCCAAGUUUGCGGAAAUCAUAUCGGCGGAGGUCACAGCCUUCAUGGAAUAUGCGGGCGGCAUGCGGGUGCGCCCCAGCAGCCGCAGCGGCGACAGCAGCAGCAGCAGCAGCAGACGGAUUGCGCUUGUGUCUCCAGAGCAGGACCUCUCAUCUUUGGAGGACAGGAUUCGCGCCAAGCUCACAGGAGGCACCCCGCAGCGCAGCACGCUGGCGGCGAUGAAGCGCGCGCAGCAGGAAGCCGACGAGUGGGCCAAGAUAUACGAGAUGCACAUCAAGGAAGGCAAGGCGAAGGACACGGCCGAGCGCGCGGCGGCGCUUGAGGCGGCGCGCGCUUUGCAAAUCGAGUUGGCCGGCCAGGUGGCGAUGCGCGAGGCGGGGGAGGCGCGGGAGCACGACGAGGAGGUCGCAUACUUUCACGAGGAGCAGGCCCAGCUGAAGCGGUGGGAGCGGGAGGAGGAGGAGAAGGCGCGGCUGAAGCGCGAGGUGGCGGCGCGGCUCAAGGCGGACCGCGCGGCGCAGCUGGCUGACCGCGACAUGAGGCGGCGCCUGGCCGAGGAGAAGCGGGCGGCGGAGGAGUGUGAGCUGGCGGCGCGGCUGGCGCACGAGGCUAAGGCUGAAUUUGAGAGGGAGGAGGCGGCGCGGCGGGAGGCUAAGGAGGCGCUCAAGGCGUUCCUGCUGAACAACGAGAUUUACAAGGCCAUGAAAGAGGAGGCCAAGCUCAAGGAGUGGGAGUUCGACAAAAAGGUGAUGGCGGAGUAUGCGGUUGAGAUGGAGCGUCAGGAGCGGCGGCGGCAGGAGCAGCUGGAGGCGCUCAAGAUCUGGCAGGCCAAGCAGGAGAAAGAGGCCCAGGCGCGGCCCGAGGCGAAGCGGUGGAUCGACCCCGCGCUCAUAGACAGGUACUACGUUGAGGCGGAGGAGGCGCGCGCAGCAGAGGAGGAGCGGCGGCAGGCGGCGCUGAAGGCCAGCGGCAAGGUGCUGGCCAGGGAUUUGGACAUCCAGGUGGAGGAGCGGCGGAGGCGUCACGAGGAGGAGAAGAAAGCUGAGCAGUCUGUGGUGGCGGAGCUGCAGCAGCAGGUCACCGCGGAGCAGGCGCGGCGCCAGAAGGAGCUGGCGGCGGAGAGGGCCAAGAAGCAGCAGCUCAGGCUGCUGCGGAAAGUGGUCGCCAUGGGGCUCGACCGCACCGGCACGCUCGCGGCGGCCGCGCGCGCCGGCACAGUCAAGGCGCAGGCUGCAGCGACAGGCGGGGGCGGCAAGCUGGCGUCGGGGGCCGCGGCGGCGGGCAGCGUCCCGUCCACCCACAGCGGCGGCGCCGUCAGCGGCGACACCAGCGGCGAUGCGCCCGAUGACGGGGCCCGAACGGUCACCUCUGACGCCGCCCUUGCGGGCCCCGGCCCGGCCGGCCCCGUCUCGGACACUGCCGGCCCCAAGUGGAGCCAGCAGAUGCACUCCCUAGACUGCGUGAUACGGAACCGCGGCUUGAUAGAGACGGCAGACGUGGAGACGCUGUGGCAGGCAGCCCACGCCCUCCUGUCGCACGCCGGGCCGAGCGCCCGCGCCGGCGGGGCCGACGCAGCGGCAGGCGCAGCGCCCGCGGGCGCGCGGCGGCGCGUGACGGAGAAGGGGCGGGUCGGGGCGCUGGAAGCGGAGGUGGCGGAGAAGACUGCUCAGAUAAAGGAGCUGCAGCUUCGCAUUGCGGCCCUUGCGAUGCGGGAAUCUGUGCUUACAGACCUUGCAUGCCUGACCGCUGAGGCGGCGCCAGCCAUGGGGGGCGCGCGCCCGCCGUUCUCCGCGCCGCAGCAGCGCGGCGACGGCGGCGGCAGCAGCAGCGGCACCGGCAGCGGCGGCGACGGCGGCGACGGCGGCGGCGGUGGCGUGGCGGCAGCGGAGGAGGCGGCGGCGAUGGCGGAUGCGUCGCUUGCGUCGCCAAGCGUGUUGUCUGGGCCGAUCAGGGAGGCGCUGGCCGCGAUUUGGGCAGACACGGCCCUGCAGGAGCGUGUCAAGCGCAUGACGACGGAGGAGUACCUGCGGCGCACUCAAGACACGGUCAUGGAGCUGGCGCUCCACCUGACUCACUGCAAGGACGACCCAGAGGCCAUGGCCCGCCUGGAGGCCACCGCGCGGCGGCACCGCCUGGAAGAGUGA